AUGCAGUCCAAGGACGAACCGCAGCUGUCGGAUCUCCUCCUCCCGUCAUCGCUACCGUUCAAGCGCGUGCAGCUGGAGGAGAAGUACCCGCGCGGGUCGCAGGUGCGCGGCGGGCGGCACUGGAAGCACCUGAAGCAGAUCCUGCAGCCGCACAACCUGCACGACCUGCCGCCCGACGAAGCCAAUUACGUGACGAUCGAGGCGCCGCCGUCCAUGUACCCCGCUAAGAAGUACUGCGAUAUAACGGGGCUCGAGGCGCCCUACACGGACCCGCACAGCAAGCUGCGCUACGCCAACCCUGCCGCCUUCGCCAUCGCGCGCUCCCUCCCCCACCCGCACGCGCAGGCCUUCCUCGCGCUCAGAGGCGCGCAGACCAUCUCCCUCGCUGACUCAGCAAGCGCUGAGCUGGCAGCCAUCCGCGCCGCCAGGCGGGACAACCGGCGCCAGCUGGACGAAUCAUUGCAAAGAGCAGCGCGACGUGUGGUGGAGGGAGGGGGAAUGGAUGAAGCACAGGUGAGUAGGAGGAGAGGGAGGGGGUGCGUGGCGGUGAGAGCAGGGAAAAAGAGUGCUGUUACACCUGGGGGUGUUACUUUAGAUGUUAGUAACACCGGAGCUACACUCUUUGUGGAGCCAGUAGAGGUUAUCGAGUUGAACAAUAACGAAGCAGAGCUGAGUGGGCAGGAGGCGGAGGAGGAGAGGCGGGUGCUGAGGGAAAUGGCUGAGCAGGUGGCGGAUUGUGCGCCGUUGAUUCGGGAUCUAACGGACAGGAUCGUUGCACUGGACCUGGCAUGUGCCCGUGCAAGGCAUGCCCUAUGGAUGGGUGCCUCUCGUCCUGUCCUCCUUCCACCCACUCACCCUCUCUCCCAUUGCCAUGGGGAUAACUUUUCAGGGGUAAAUACGCCUGGGGACAGUGAUACAGGGAGAAAUACCCUUGCAGGGAGAGAAUCCUACAAAAUCGAAUCUUACAUGGUUGAGAUUCGGGGGAUACAGCACCCAGUGCUGCUGGAGAUGUAUCUUGACGCCCUCAGUGCUGCUCAGAGCAGGACGGGUAAAAGCACAGGUGCAGCAGACACCAGUGCAGUAGCAGCAACAGGAGGAGGACGAGGAGGAGCAGAAGCAGCAGCAGCAGCAGCAGCAUCGCCCCUGCUGUCUCCCCCAGUGCCCAUAGACCUGCUGGUGCCGGCCGGCGUGACAGUGGUGGUCAUCUCCGGCCCCAAUGCGGGCGGCAAGACCGCCGCCCUCAAGACCCUCGGGAUUGCCGCGCUCAUGGCCAAGGCAGGGCUCUUCCUGCCCCUGGCGGGGGACGUGGAGGGACAGGGAGGAGGAGAAGAGCAGGCAGGGGUGGCGGAGAGUGGGGGAGAGAGGGGAGGAGAGACAGAGGCCGAAGGAACAGGAGAGAGCACAGGGAGUGGGGCGAGGGGGCGGGUGGCGGUGGUGGCGUGGUAUGACCGCGUGGUGGCGGACAUUGGAGACGAGCAGUCCUUGGAGCAGAGCCUCUCCACCUUUAGUGCCCACAUGCGCCAAGCGGGCAGUGGCACGGACCCAUCAGAGGGAGCGGCGCUCGCAGCGGCCAUUCUGAAGCACCUCGCAGGCUGCAAUGGGCUCACACUCGCCACCACUCACUACGCUGACCUCAAGAAACUCAAGGCGGCUGAUUCUCGGUUUGAGAACGCCAGUGUGGCGUUCGACCCGGUCUCCCUGCGGCCCUCCUUCCACAUCCUCUGGGGUCUCCCCGGCACCUCCCACGCCCUCUCCCUCGCUGCCUCCCGCGGCCUGCCCCCCUCCCUCGUUGCCAGAGCCGCCAGGCUUGCCCGUGCUGCGAGUCUGGAGGCAGGUGCGGAUGAGGAGAGGGAGGAGGAGGGGAGGGAGGAAGAGGAGGGGAGGGAGGAAGAGGAGGGGAGGGGAAUAGGGGAGAGAAGGCAAGGGGGAGAGAGUGAGACGGACGAGUAUGCUACCCUGGGAGGUGGGAAGGGAGAGGGUGAGGAGGUGGGAAUACUAGCAUCACUCAAGCAGCAGUGGCAGCGGAACGUGGAGUACGCGAGAGAAGCAGCAGAGGCAAGGCAACAAGCAGAGAGGCUGCUGAAAGACCUGCAGGCGCACUAUACCAGCAGGAGCACCACACAGCAGGGCCAGCAGGAGCAGCCUCUGCCUGUGAGGGAGGUGCUGUGGAAGAGAAGGUAUCAGAGGGACGUUCAGGAGGAGGUCUUGGCAGCAAGGGAGGAGAUUUCCCGUGUUGUUGCCGCUUUUCAGGAAGCCUCCCUUGCUGGUGUUCCGGAGCGGGCGGCGUCGGACCAGGCCUGUGCUGACGUGGCAGCGGUGGCGGCUUUGACGGGCCUCUCUCCCGAGGCUAACCCUGCUAUAGGUUCGGAUGCUUCGGUUGGUGGCUCGGCGGGAGACCCAGGAGGGGCGUACUGGGUUCCUGCUCUGGGAGAGCCUGUGUAUGUGAGGAGGUUCGGCACCAGCAUGCGUGGUACGGUGGUGGCAGUGGGCGGUGGUUCGGGAGAAGCCUCGGCAGAAACAGCAGGUGCUCGGUCUGUGAUGGUUCAACUGGGAAAUCUGCGAUUGCAAGUGCAGAGAGCAGACCUCCUUCCCGCCGCCGAUGGCAGUGGUGAUGGUGGACAGAGCAGGACAGAUGGAGAGGCAGGAAGGAGGGGGGGAGCAGGAGGACUGUUUGGCAGCCAAUGGGAGCAAGAUGACGACAGCAACAACAACACCAACUCAAAUAAGACUCGUGUCUCGAAGCGUGGCGGUCAGUUCCCCUCCCCGUCCUCCUCCUCUUCCUCCUCUCUGCCAGCAGUCAGAGAGGCAGCGGUACAGACAGCGCGAAACACAGUGGAUGUGAGGGGGCGGAGUGCAGAGGAUGCAUUAGCAGCGGUGGAUCUAGCAGUGCAGUCCAGCCCGCCUGGUGCUGUGCUCUUCAUUGUGCAUGGGCUUGGGACCGGGGUGCUUCGGGCAGCUGUCCUGAAAUAUCUCUCGGGCAGCCCGCUGGUUUCGCGGCACGAGGCGGAGAGUAGGUUGAAUAUUGGGUGUACUAUAGCAUAUAUUGGGUAA